CAGGAGAGCAGACACAUCUUACCAGGACAUUUCACACAGCACCAUGUCCACUCCGGCUCAACCAGCGACUCCCAUCCCAUCUGGGUUGAAAGUCUGCACAUCAGUUCCAGAGCUCCUGAUGCUCCUUGAAUUUGUAUUUGGUGGUCUGGUCUGGAUCCUGGUGGCUUCAUCUCGUGUCCCGUUUCCCCCAAACCAAGGCUGGGUGAUGUUCGUAUCUGUCUUCUGCUUCGUUAUAACGACACUGCUGCUGAUCCUGUACAUGGCCGGUGUCCAGAAGAGUUCCUCAGCUUGGAACGCGGUGGAUGUAUUCUACCACCUAAUUGCUGCUAUAUUUUAUUUAAGUAUCGCCGUGCUGGAGGCUGACGACACAAGGUUUAGGUUUAGUUUUGCUCCUCCACAAUUUGCAAAGAUUUAUAAAAUCAACAUUGCUGCCUCAGUGUUUGCAUUCCUGGCCACCCUAAUCUAUACGAUUCACGCCAUACUCUCGAUACUGAGAUGGAAGUCUGCUUCAUCAUGAGCGUCUCACCACAGAUAUUGGCCGUCUUCACGUUACCCUUGAUCAAACUUUCCUUCCUAGAGUCUUACGUCCAACUGUAAAUGUAA